AUGGUAUGGCGUGAGAAUCCGGAGCGUUUGGUUGGAUUUAUGCACAAAAAUGGAUUCAGUUUCAACGAAACGCUGGCAUCGUACAUUUUUAUUGGGAAAAAUGUGCGGGCGGAGGGUGGGGAGCAGCAGAAGGUGAAUAUAAAGAAGAAUAUGAAUCGAUCGAUGGCGUUGGGUGAUGGCGAUGGUGCUGUGUUCUAUCAUAAAUAUUAUGGAAUACUCUACGGGAAGGAGUUGUGGAGGAAGUGGGGGCGUUUUGGCGAAUCGGCGGUACCGCAGCAACAUUUUGGCCAAACGGCCACAGGGAUUUCAACAAAUUCGCUGGGAGGAAAGUGUCCGUUGGCAGUUUCGGACCGAAAAACUGUCGUUUAUUCGUGUUGGUUUUGA